UUCCGAGUCUCGCGCUUAUUGUCUGCGCGAGUCGGUUCGGCCUUGUCGUCGUCAAGGGGGAAUCGAAUUAGGACGCGAAAGAGGUCGUGUUUUGUUUCAGUCUGAUUAGGAGGUCGAUAUUACAGCCUCCCGCGGUUGGCAUUAUCUCCCCAUUUCUGAUAUCCAGCCGGGUCUCUGGUGUUAUUCCUUUGUAAAUACUGUUAUUUGUAUAUACUGUAAAUGAUGACCUCAGUGGGCGGAAGCCGGACCCGGGGCAACUGGGAGCAGACGCAGGGUCAGACACAGAGCCAGUCACAGCACAAGCAGAGGCCCCAGGCCACCGCUGAGCAGAUCCGACUCGCGCAGAUGAUCUCGGACCAUAAUGAUGCAGACUUUGAGGAAAAGGUCAAGCAGUUGGUGGACAUCACAGGAAAGGAUCAGGAUGAGUCCAUGAUAGCGCUGCACGACUGCAAUGGAGAUGUAAACAGAGCCAUCAAUGUCCUGUUGGAGGGCAGCCCUGACACUGACUCUUGGGAGAUGGUUGGAAAGAAGAAAGGAGUGUCAGGUCAGAAGGAAAAUGCACAGACAGAUGGAGGAGAUGAAGGGAAGGAUAACCGAGAGAGAGGUGGAGGAGGGGGAGGAGAAAGAGAUGUGGCACGCCGUAGAGGUGGGGCCCCGCGGAGGGGUCGUGGAGCCAGCCGCGGACGAGAGUUUCGUGGGCAGGAGAACGGGCUGGAUGGAACCAAAGCAGGUGGAGUUGUGGGAAGGGGAACAGAGCGAGGCCGUCGGGGGAGAGGCAGAGGAAGAGGUGGUGCUGGCAGGCGAGGCGGAAGGUUUUCAGCUCAGGGCAUGGGCCAGAUUGAUAAGGGCCCCAGAUAUGAUUUGUCAGGAGAUGAGAGUCUGUUUAACCCAGCGGACUACACUGAGCCAGCCCAAACAGAGGAGAGCUACACAAGCGGAAGCACUUGGAGUAACACGGGCAAUCUUGAACCCGAGGAUGGAAACAGGCUUGAGUUUACAGUUGGAGAGGGAACAAGCUAUCCCCGAAAGUUUGACUCCACCCCUGGUGCUUGGAGAACUGCCACAGAAGAGUGGGGUAUGGAGGACUGGAAUGAAGAUUUAUCAGAGACCAAGAUAUUCACUGCCUCCAGUGUGGCAUCCAUUCCACAAGAGAAUGUCACCAUUACAGCUGGACAGAGGAUUGAUUUAGCGGUGUUGCUGGGAAAGACUCCUCCCACCACCACCACCUCUGAAGCAGAGUCUGCUCCACUUGAAGGCCAACAACCUCUGUCCCAGUCUUUGGUGUUCAGCAAUUCAAAGCAGAAUGCUUCAUUGUCCCAGUCCUCCUCCAGUGUUCCUUACAGCCAGCACACCAUGGUGAGCAUGCUCAGUAAGGGUUUUGGUGACGUAGGAGAUCCUAAAGUGACCACUGGAGGCUCCACGACUGGUUCUCAAUUCCUGGAGCAGUUUAAGACUGCCCAGGCGCUAGCCCAGCUGGCAGCCCAGCACUCACAAAGUGGACCUCCCAACACAGGUCCUUCUACCUGGGAUACCAGCCCCACUACCUUGGGGCAAUAUGAUAUGAAACCUCAAACAGAGCCUGUGCACAGUCCCUUCACCAAACGGCAGCCCUACCAGACCACCUCUACUGCUUCCAUGAUGGACGCUUUCUUGCAGGACAAAGCCACACCCCCUUCUACCACCUCGUCCCUGCCCCCUCAGUCCACCCAUUCUUCCUCACUGCCCCAGGCCAUUACCACUUCUGUUUCCAAACCCUCUGGACCCAUUCCAGGUCAGCAGAACUCUUCCAGUCCCGCCGACCUGCAGGCGUCCAACCCCCUCCCCCUACAACAGCACAAACUCAAACAGCAGAAGAAGAGGACUUCCAUUACAACCAAGAUUCCAGCCCUAGCGGUGGAGAUGCCAGGCUCCGCAGAUAUAUCCGGGCUUAACCUGCAGUUUGGAGCAUUACAGUUCGGCUCUGAACCGGUGCUUUCUGAUUAUGAUCCCUCAGCAGCUGUUGCUACGACAACACCCAGCAGCCAAGGCCAAAACAGCCUUUACACAAGCUCCAGCAAUGAGCAGACAUCAGUCCUGUCCAACCCCAGUCAGAUGGAGCUGUACGAACAAAGAGCAAGCCAGACACGGCGCUACCCCCCUUCUGUGUCCUCCUCGCCACAAAAAGACAUGCAGCCCAAAAAUGGGUUCAGUUCGAUACAGACGUCACAAUCUCUGGAAGCUGCAGCAGGCUCUGCAGUACCUGUGAAACCAACUUCUGAAUCAGUAGUCCCUCCUUUGGUUUCCAACAUGGCCCCAUUGGCUGACCCCUCUUCAGGUCCUCCAUCCCUGCUGACCACAUCCAAUCAGUCCCCUCUCAGUGCUCUCGGCCAUGAAGAUGCCUCCCCCAGCUCAUUGGCUCCACCUCAACACAAUAACUCCCUACCUACACAACAGAACAGUUUGGCGCCGCCUUCAGUUCGCACUUCAAACACUGGUCUACUGCACCCAAAUGUGGAUGGUGAUUCCAGCUUGCACACCCCGCCUUUCUCCUCUGUCUCUGCCGUGGUUUCUUCCUCUGUGCCCCUGUCCUCUUCCUCGACAUCAGUGGCUCCCAUCUCCAACACCGGCCCCGUCGCCCAGUCUUCAUCUGUCAGUUUGGUCACAGCACAGUCCGCUCUGGGUCCGGUUAGCAGUCUGACCAUGGGACUGAACAGUGGCGCUGGUGUUCCAUCCAUGGUCCCUCCCACAGCCGGUGCAUCUUCCUCUGCAGCCUUGGCCACUGCUGCACCUGCAUCGUCGUCCUCGUCUCGCAACACGGCUGCCUCAGGGAAAGCACCUCCAAACCUGCCUCCCGGUGUGCCGCCACUACUGCCUAAUCCUUACAUCAUGGCUCCUGGCCUGCUUCACCCUUACGCACCUCAAGUGUAUGGCUACGAUGACUUGAUGCUACAGACCAGAAUACCACUGGACUAUUACAGCAUCCCAUUUGCUACUCCAACCACAGCACUGACUGGCAGGGAAGGCAGUUUGACAAGUAACCCUUAUUCUGCUGGUGACUUGUCCAAAUUUGGCCGCGGUGAUGCCUCGUCCCCUGCUCCCGCCACGACGCUGGCCCAGCCUCAGCAGACCCAGACUCAAACGCACCACACUACCCAGCAGCCCUUCAUCAACCCAGCCCUUCCACCUGGAUAUAGUUAUACCAGCCUGCCCUAUUACACUGGUGUGCCCGGUCUACCCAACACCUUCCAGUAUGGCCCUGCCAUGUUUCCGGUGGCUCCUACCUCCUCAAAACAGCACGGUGUGAAUGUUGGUGUCAACGCCUCAGCCACGGCCUUCCAGCAAGCGAGCGGCUACGGAUCACAUGGAUACAGCACUGGCUAUGAGGAUUUGGGCCAGGCUUCAGCAGGGAGUGGGGAUUUCUGUAAGGGCGGUUACAGCACCGCCAUUGCUGCCGCUGCAGCUGCUGCUUCCGCGCAAAACAAGCCCGCCAGCUCUGUCACCGGGCCCGGAGUGGGGGUCUCAGUGACAUCCAGCAACACGGGAGUCCCUGACAUUUCAGGGUCUGUUUACACAAAGACGCAGUCUUUUGAGAAGCAGGGUUUCCACACAGGAACUCCCAGCGCUUCCUUUAGUUUGCCCUCAGCACUUGGGAGUGGCGGCCCUAUCAACCCUCCGGCUGCACCUGGCUACGCUCCAGCUCCCUACAUGCACAUCCUGACCCCCCACCAGCAGCCCCACUCUCAGAUGCUCCAUCACCACAUGCAGCAGGAUGGACAGAGUGGCUCUGGACAGCGCAGUCAGAAUGCCUCCAUUCAACAGAAGUCGCAGAUCAACAAGUCUGGUUACAACAGCUACAACUGGGGAGGCAAUUAACACCCCUUCCUGCCCUGUCUGGUGUUCCAAAGGCUGGAUUAGUGGAACAUCUCCUUCUCCCCAGAAAUCUCCCCUUUUCUCUUUCCUCCACGACGCUGCUGCUCCUCUCUCUGUGCAGUCACCCUGCAGUACCACCUCUAUUCUCCUGGUGGUGCUGUCUUAAGAGAGCUAGCACUGUAAGGCGCCGAUUGAGGAGGGGCCACGGGGGAGACGUCCUAAUGGGGAGGUUCGCGCGAGUAUGUGGAUAGUUACUUAGGCCUUCAAGAGCUGAGUAUUGAGUAUUUGGAGUUUGUAUUGUUAAAGAAUGUGUAAGCACCUACCCCGUUUUUCUUUCUGGCAUAUGUAACAUAGAUCUGUUUUCUAAAAGGACAAAUGUUUAAUUUCUUUUUCCUUUUACUGGUUGAUGAAAUGAAAAAGAGAGGUUUGAUCAAGGGAGAUAGGGCUGGAUUUUUUUUUUUUUUUUUUUUUUUUUUUUGGUACACGCCAUUUUGUUCUUUCCCUCUUUUCUGCUUCUUGCUUGAGGACUUGCAAUCCAAAUGUACAUUUUCGCCUCUUAUUCUCCCCUGCAAUGAGUUUUUACCAAAUUUUAGUUUGGAAGAAGGAAGAUAUCCCUCUAAAUCGGCUAAUGCAGUUUGUGAAGUUUAUUUUUUACCAAAUAUAAAUGGAUAUACAGAAAAAUGUAUAGAUGAGCUCACAGGCUUCAGAUCUGUUCUGAUUUUGUGUGUGUGUGUGCGCGCGCGUGCGUUUGGGGUUUUUUUUGUGUGUGUGAGAAUGUGUCAUCAGGGUGGCCAGUGUAUGAAUGUUUUCUUAAUCUUUAGGCUUAAAUGUGUAUUCCUUUUAAUUCCUUUAUUGAAGCCUUGUACCCUCAAUUUGUGAGAAGUGCACUGGUCACCUUAACUUUUGUUCCCCCUGUUAUUUUUUUCCAUUGAACCAUUCUCCUUAUUGCAGGGAGACUGGAUUGUUAGGGUUAGUUUACCCAAAAAUGUGAAUGUCAUUUGCUCACCCUCAUGUUCUAAAGCCGAAUGACUUUUCUUCCACGGAACACACAAGGCAGAAUGUUUUCCUCAGUCCCCAUUCACUUUCAUUGUAUGGGGAAAAGAUGCAAUUAAAGUAAACUGUAAUCGAUUGUCAGUCCCUAACAUUCUGCCAAACAUCUCCUUUGUUUCAAACCAAGAGACCUUCAUGGUUUGGAAAAAUGUGAGGGUCAAUGAUCAUUUAUUUUUGGGUUAACUAUCCCUUUAAGGCAUGGGUUUGACCUCAGCGUUUUGCCACAGGCGUGAAAUUUUUUUUCUAAUUUGUUUGGGGUUGUGUUGUACCAGAGAGGUCAAAGUUUCCAUAGGCCACCUUAUGUGUGCAAGUGUCUUUCCACAGCCUUUUUUGUCAUACCUGAAGUCAUUCUCCCCUUAAUAUGCACCACUUUCUGUACCCAAAUAUAUUCUUUUAGUAAUAUGAUACUUAGGAAAGUGCUGAUGGACAGAAUUGUACUAUGGGUAUCUCUUUUUUUUUUUUUUUUCUUUGUCAGUGACUUUUUGUACUUUGUGUUUUAAAAAAGGAUUUAAAUGGAUAAAAUUUUCUUGUAAAUUAUAUAUAUAUAUAUAUAUAUAUAUAUAUAUAUAUAUAUAUAUAUAUAUAUAUAUAUAUAUAUAUAAAACAAGUACUGUAGUCUGUUUGAUGGCUUCUUUUUUCCCCUUUCAAAUCCUUACACAGACUUGUUAGCAUUUUGUUUCAUAAUGUUUUUUUAUUUUGUAAAAAUAUAUAUAAAUAUUAAGUAAAUAAACAAAGACAUUUUCAUCAUUUUUCGAUGUGAAUGUCUUUUUUAAGAAAACCAAGUUUGUGUGCCUUUUAACUGCAGUCUGCUUGUUUGUAUCAGAAGUUUAAACCGUUCAAUUAUUAGGAGUUAUUUUGCCUUGCAAGUUAUGCUAAGCCAGUACACUAUAAAGUUAGACAAAAUUGACUAUGAAACCUAAUAAGACCUGCUCGGACAGUAACUUUUUUUUUUUUUUUUUUUUUAUUAUAUGAGAACCUUCAUUGUUAAAAUAUCUCAGUUCAUUAUUCAUUCAUUCAAAUAGGAAGUGCAUUUGUGAUUUCAUCUUACAACUAAAUGUUCCCUUGUGAUAUGUGGUAAACAUUUGAUAAACAAUUAUAUUUAUGUUUCAAUGGUGAGCUGCCCUGUGGGCUAGAAUUAAUGGUGAAAUUUAUGCAAACAUUCACAAUCCUAGUUUGUCUCUAACAUUUCAUUUGAAGUAAUCUGAUACAAAUUUAUAUAUAUUCAUACAGUUGAAGUCAGAAGUUUACAUACACCUUAGCCAAAUACAUUUAAACUGAGUUUUUUUUUCCACAAUUCCUGACAUUUCGUACAAAACAGUCAUAGAAAACAUUCCCUGUCUUAGGUCAGUUAGGAUCACUACUUUAUUUUAAGAAUGUAAAAUGUCAGAAUAAUAGUAGAGAGAAUAAUUUAUUCUAGCUUUUAUUUCUUUCAUCACAUUCCCAUUGGGUCAGAAGUUUACAUACACUUUGUUAGUAUUUGGUAGCAUUGCCUUUAAAUUGUUUAACUUCAAACGUUUUGGGUAGCCAUCCACAAGCUUCUCACAAUAAGCUGCUGGAAUUUUGGCCCAUUCCUCCUAACAGAACUGGUGUAACUGAGUCAGGUUUUUAGGCCUCCUUGCUCAUACACAUUUUUUCAGUUCUGCCCACAAAUUUUCUGUCAGGUUAAGGUCAGGGCUUUGCGAUGGCCACUCCAAUACUUUGACUUUGUUGCCACAACUUUGGAGGUAUGCUUGGGGUCAUUGUCCAUUUGGAAGACCCUUUUGCGACCAAGCUUUAACUUCCUGGCUGAUGUCUUGAGAUGUUGCUUCAAUAUAUCCACAAAAUUUUCCUUCCUCAUAAUUUCAUCUAUUUUGUGAAGUGCACCAGUCCCUCCUGCAGCAAAGCACCCCCACAACAUGAUGCACAACAACAUGCUUCACGGUUGGGAUGGUGUUCUUUGGCUUGCAAGCCUCAACCUUUUUCCUCCAAACAUAAUGAUGGUCAUUAUGACCAAACAGUUACAAUUUUGUUUCAUCAGACCAGAGGACAUUUCUCCAAAAAGUAAGAUCUUUGUCCCCAUGUGCACUUGCAAACUAGUUUGGCUUUUUUUAUGGUGGUUUUGGAGCAGUGGCUUCUUCCUUUCAGGUUAUGUAGGACUAGUUUUUCUGUGGAUCUAGAUACUUGUCUACCUGUUUCCUCCAGCAUCUUCACAAGGUCCUUUGCUGUUGUUCUGGGAUUGAUUUGCACUUUUCGCACCAAACUGCGUUCAUCUCUAGGAGACUCCGCGUCUCCUUCCUGAGCGGUAUGAUGGCUGCGUUGUCCCAUGGUGUUUAUAUUUGCGUCUCUUGUUUGUACAGAUGAACUUGGUACCUUCAGAUGUUUGGAAAUUGCUCCCAAGGAUGAACCAGACUUGUGGAGGUCCACAGGUACACCUCCAAUUCAGUACACCUAUCAUAAGCAAAUUGCCUAAAGGCUUGACUUAAUUUUCUGGAAUUUUCCAAUCUGCUUGAAGUCACAGUUAACUUAGUGUAUGUAAACUUCUGACCCACUGGAAUUGUGAUAUAGUCAAUUAAAAGUGAAACAAUCUGUCUGUAAACAAUUGUUGGAAAAAUAACUCUUGUCAUGCACGAAGUUGAUGUCCUAAACAACUUGCCAAAACUAUAGUUUGCUAUUAUGAAAUCUGUGGAGUGGUGAAAAAAUAAGUUUUAAUGACUUCAACCUAAGUGUAUGUAAACUUCUGACUUCAACUGUAUAAAAUAUAAUAGAUAGAUAUUGAAAUUGCGUGACUUGAUCAUGAAUAAAUGUUUUGUUAUACCCUU